AUGCCGAACAGAUCGUCGGGGGUCAUCUCGCAGGACUGGGAGCCGGUGGUUCUGAACCGGCGGAAGACGAAGGCCUCGGAGCUCCGCGAUCCUAAGGCCGUGAACCAGGCGAUUCGGGCGGGGGCCGUCGUGGAGACAGUGAAGAAGCACGACGGCGGAUCCAACCGGAAGGGAUCGUCGGCGACGGCGGGGCCGGUGGUGAACGCGCGGAAGCUCGACGAGCAGACGGAGCCGGCGGCCCUGGAUCGGGUGCCGACGGAGAUGAGGCUGGCCAUCCAGAAGGCGAGGCUGGCGAAGAAGAUGAGCCAGGCGGAUCUCGCGAAGGCGAUCUGUGAGAAACCACAAGUGGUGCAAGAGUACGAGAGCGGUAAGGCGGUGCCUAACCAUGUAGUGCUCGCCAAGAUGGAGAGGAUCCUGGAAGUCAAGCUCCGCGGCAAGGCGGUCAAGUGA